CAUUGGUCAUAUUAGGGAUCUUCGAAAUAUGGUUGUCUAUCUUGGUUCAAAAAAGACCGAAGACCAAGAUUUGACCAGUAAAAUCAUCACCAAAGUACUCGAUUAUCAAUCACGAGUGUUCAGUGAUGACGAAAGGGGACAAGCCGAAAAGAAAGAAUUCGAAGAAUUCUUUUGGAAGAUGCGAAAAGUUGUUCAUUCUCGAAUGGACGCACAUAAAUUAUAUCCCGCGGGACGAUUAUAUUGGAUAAUUGGCAAAGACCGAAUUCCUUAUUGUCUUCCAAGUGAUGAUGACGAUGAGGAAAGUUAUGCUAACGAUGGACAUAAACGUUUAACUGAACACAAGUACAAUAUGGUUGAAGUUACAGACGUGGAAAAAAUAUUCUCGGAAAUUUGGUUCUCCCCGACAAUGAGUCUUGAUCAUCUUCCAAAUGUAUAUGAAAAUGUUCUUAAAAGUCUGUAA